UGUUAACAAGACAUUUGUGGAGUGGUUAAAAAACGAGUUGUAAUGACUCCAACCUCAGUGUAUGUAAACUUCUGACAUCAACUGUAACCCCCCUCAGUCUUGUGGUGGUGUCAGAAUAUAUCACUGUUUCUAGAGCAGGAAGUGGACCUCUUGAAAUGUGUAUUUAUUGUUAUACAAUACGUGGUGGUUGCCCUGCAGAGCCCCUAGACACAGCCCAACAGAUGUAUUGUCAUUGUGAAAGUUACACAUAGAAGCUAGAAUACAUUUACACAGCACCACUUCCUCCUCUUGGCCAGCACCAGAUCAUGUAACUGGUUCAAACCUUUCAACAGGACCAUCAAUUUGGUUUGUUUUAGUUUGACUUUUGUUCUGCUGUCAGACUAGGCAGCAGUUGGUCAUUAUGUGUGGAAGAUUUGCAUUCGGGCUUUCUCUGCUUCAGCUGGUGUGGGGUGUGUGCACAGCCUUUGAAGAGAUUCAAGUGAAAACAUUGAAAACAGGAGCAGAUUUGGGCACUCUUACCUGUCUAAACCAAACCAGUCAUGACAUGACGUUUGUAAUAUGUAAGAUAGAUAGAGUGAUACGUGGUGGGAAUGAGUGUCAAGUGUCUCUUCGGUUUGACAAAAAUGUUACAAACAGCACUUGUGACCCCAGAGUCACACUACAGACAGAGAAUGACAGAGUGUUUCUACACAUCACCAACAUACAACCAUCUGAUGAAGGGAACUACACCUGUGAUUGUGUAUACAAUGGAGGAACACAUUUUUUGUAUCUCAAUAUUUCUGUCAAUGGUUCCCAUGACACAAACAAACUUUCAUUCUUACGUCCUUUCCAUUUCAUAAUAAUAACAGCCUUUGCAGGAUUUGUAGCUGUCGCUGUCCUCGUUGGAAUAAUCAUGAGGAAAUGUCAUCUCAACGGGAAAACACAGCAGAAAGCAGUGUACACCUUUAAAGAGGAGGAGCAACAGGACAUUGAACCCUACUGCACGUUCACAAGGAGAGACAAUGGGCUUUACUCAACUCUGCAGCUGACACAUUCUAACCCCUGACCCUCUGGCACUGUUGACCAAUGACAACAGGGCAUUAGACACUUUUUUCUAUCACUAGCGGUUAAAUAGUAUUUCACCAGCCCUGGAUAUACAACUGUACAGUAUAUCCAUUUACUGUAUAUCUUGAUUACUGUAAUGCCCCUAUUUUUACAGCUGAUACACUGACUUUAUAUAGUUCCAUUGAUUGGUUACUGACACCUGGCUGAAUAGGUCCUUUACUGUAGAUCGUCUUCUGUUGCUGUAAAUAUCAACACUUACUGUAUGAAUCCUGCACAUUAUGUUACGUAGAACCAAGUAGAACCAAUGUUCCUGUGGACAGAUGAUAUCAGUUACGUAGAACCAAUGUUCCUGUGGACAGAUGAUAUCAGUUACGUAGAACCAAUGUUCCUGUGGACAGAUGAUAUCAGUUACGUAGAACCAAUGUUCCUGUGGACAGAUGAUAUCAGUUACGUAGAACCAAUGUUCCUGUGGACAGAUGAUAUCAGUUACGUAGAACCAAUGUUCCUGUGGACAGAUGAUAUCAGUUACGUAGAACCAAUGUUCCUGUGGACAGAUGAUAUCAGUUACGUAGAACCAAUGUUCCUGUGGACAGAUGAUAUCAGUUACGUAGAACCAAUGUUCCAGUGGACAGAUGUGAUCAUGUGCAUUUCCACCAUGGUGUAAGUGUAUUGCAUUUGUAAAAGAUAUUACCUACAGCAGUAGAGAUUUACAGUCAUCAUCACAACAUGCUUCAAACAAUGUAUUUUCCUUGCUUUCAAUGUUCCAUCUCCAUUAAUCAUGUAGGCCUCAUUAAUGACAUGUUUAAGUGAAGAGAUGUAACGACAAAACUAAACCCUUCAUUAAAACUUCAUUUCCAAACAGA